GUAAUCCCAGUCUUUGACAUAAAUGUCAAGAGCAGGUUCUGUAUGCUGUGUUUACCUCUUGUCCUUGCCGUUAGUCCGACACACCCCAGCAAAAUGAUAGCUGCGAUCCUCUCCAGUCUGGUCAUUUCCACUGCUCUCUCCGUGGGGCAAACAAGAGUGGUGGUACAUUCUUUCCCCAGAGAAGAUAACAAUGUUUUAAUGUUGACAGAGGGUGUGUGUGAGGACUGCACCAAGAUAACACAGCUACUAAUGGAUGUGGACUCUCCCAGUUCCAUACAGCUUGAGCUGCUCAGGAAAGCUCUGCAUGGAGUGUGUUUGCAGUUACCGAAAGGAGAGGCCUUGACCCGUUGCUACAUGAUGGUAGACAAACACCUGCCCUCAAUAAUGAAGCACCAGAUUGAUUUGUGUCCACUGCUGGGAUUGUGUCCUAUCCGCUCAUUACAAGAGAACUCAAAGCCUUUGACCAGUGACAUGGUUGAGAUCAGCACAACACGUGUCUCUGUGGGAGGGACCAAGCAGAAUACUCAGGGCGGUCCUGUCUGUGCUUUGUGUGUGCUCCUCCUCCAGAAGAUGGAGGACAUGCUGCCGAAAGAGAGAACUGAGGAGCAGAUAGUAGAGCUCAUGGGGAAAGUGUGCAGCAUGUUGCCAGACAAAUAUAGUGAAAAGUGCAAUGACUUCCUGCAGAAGUAUGGCAAGCAGGUGGUCGACUUCCUGUUGUCUGAUGCUGCGCCCCACACCAUCUGUGUUCUGUUGCACCUGUGCCUAUUUGAGGAGGUGCCUCCUAGAGAGUAUGCCCUGGCCUCCGACUGCACCUCUUGUCUCUCACUCUCGGCUCUAACGCGGUUCCACCUCGGACGGAACGCCACCGAGACGCAGACAGCCUCCCUGCUGCAGAACAUCUGCCAGCGGCACCCCAAUGCUGUUCCUCAGUGUGAGGCCUUUAUCCAGCUCUAUGGACCAAGACUCCCCAGAAUUUUGGGGAAACACGAUGGUGGACGGGAUGCUUGUGAGAAAGAGGACUUCUGCCAAAGCCAGUGGUGGGGAAAUGUUAACUAGAGCCUUUACCUGUCUCUUCCUAAACUUGAAGAACCACAUUUACUGCUUAUUUCAAUUAAUCACUAUUGUCAUGCGCAUCAAGAGCUACAUCAGAAGAUUAAAGAUGAAUUGCACUCUUUUUUACCGGACAAUACACAAUAAGAGAACAACAGUGAGUGACAGUGACUGUGACCGUUGGAAUUGUCCAUAAUGUUUCACAUAUGCUUCCCACAGCAACAAUGUAUGUAAACUAACAACUCACCUGUCCUUUGCCCUGCAUGUAAAUCUGUAUAUCAGUGUGUGUGUGUAUGUGUGUAUGUAUGCGUGCAGUCCUUUGGCUUGUUGGGGGAGUGACACAAUCAGCCAUGGCAUCUAGCAUUCUUACAUCUCGUUGUUUAUUGCUAUCUUCAUAUUCAGAGGAGGUAAUACAGAGAAAAGAGGGGGGAGGGAGAGAGAGAGAUGGAAAUACAGCCAAUAUAAGAAUAUAGGCUCUGGGCAUCCACUUACUUGAAGUCAACAAACCAGUUUCCUGUUUGUUGACAAUGCUGUCAAGCAGCACCUGAAAACGUGUGCUCACCCUUAUGUUGCGCAGCCACUGCACGUAGGCUGGCAACGACUUGAAGCCGAGCAGACUGGCCCACAGCAGUGCUCCUUAGAGCCGCUCAAGGACAUUAAGACUCGCGUACAUUGUAUUUCUUAUGCUUUAGUUCAACUAAAGCACUCUUCUUCAGGUGCUUGUUGAUGGCCAUGUCAACAAACAGGAAACUGCCUACCUCAAGUAAGCUAGUGCACAGAGACCAUAGUACAGGCAUGGGAGAGGAGUAGCGUACCUCUAUGUCAAAUGCAUUGGUGAUCACGUGUAGGGAUGUAACAAUUACCGGUAUAAUGGUAAACCGCGAUAAAAAAUGUUGACGAUAACAAUUGGCGUUUUCAUUU